AUGGAGAAAGUCUUCGUCAUAGUGACACAGUGCUUAAUUACAUUUGCAGCAGCUCAAAUAAGCAAUGAAAUUUUACCUCCAGGAGCUCUUAAAGCGUCGGAAUUGAUCGCACUAGACACCAUAUUACCAAACGAUCUAAAUUUUACUGAAUUAUUAGAAAAUCUAGGGAGCAAUCAUCACUCUCAUACGCGUUUCGAUGUCGUACAAAUUAUCAAGUCGUAUAACUAUAGUGUGGAAACGCAUACAGUACAAACAGAAGAUGGUUACAUUCUUGAAUUGAACAGGAUAACUGGUAGGAUAGAUAAGCCUAGUCCUAAAGUCAAACAGGCGGUACUCCUACAACAUGGAUUACUAUGCAGUUCCAUGGAUUGGGUACUCGCUGGUCCCAAAAAGGGUCUUGGUUUCAUUCUUUCCGACAUUGGCUACGACGUAUGGCUGGGAAAUGUUAGAGGUAGUAGAUAUUCUCGAAAACAUAAUCAUUAUACAGUGGAAGAAGCAAAGUAUUGGAAUUUCGAUUGGCACGAAAUUGGUUUGUAUGACCUACCGACGAUGAUUGAUUAUAUUUUAAUUGAAACUGGCCAUAAAAAGCUGUUCUACAUUGGCCAUAGUCAAGGAAGUACGGCAUUUUUUGUAAUGGCGAGCCUCCUUCCGGAAUAUAAUGAUAAAAUUCAUGCUAUGUUUUCACUUGCACCGAUAGCAUUCUGCUCAAGAAUGUUUAGUCCUGUUUUCCAAUUUCUUUCGCGGAUUAUAAAGCCUGUUAAUUUAGUAGCAAAUUUUAUUGGUCUGUAUGAAUUUAAACCAAGUGAUGCAUUUUUCACAAAAUUCGUUACGGAGCUUUGCCAGGAUAAUUCAGCUCUUCAACCAAUUUGCAUGAAUGCAAUAUUCUUAAUUACUGGAUUUAAUUGGGAUCAGUUUGAUACGUCAUUGCUACCUGCAAUUAUUUCAAAUGUUCCGGCUGGAGCUAGUGUCCGACAAUUUAUACAUUAUGCGCAAAUAAUAAAAUCAGGAUAUUUUGUGCAAUAUGAUCACGGAUUGUGGGGAAAUAUUCAAAAAUAUGGUAAAGUUGGGCCACCAACGUAUAAUUUAAAAAAUGUUAAAGCACCGGUUUCUUUACAUUAUAGUAUUAAUGAUUGGCUUUCGCACCCAAAUGAUGUGCAAUCAUUGUAUUCAAAGCUUCCAAAUCCGAUUGGAAAAUUCCGCGUUGUUCAUGACAACUUUAACCAUCUUGAUUAUCUUUGGGCGAAAGACGUAAAAAUAUUACUUUAUAAUAAAAUUAUUAGUAUAAUGUUACGCUACAAGGAUUAAUAGUAAUCUCAAUACUAUAAUUUUAUUUAUUUAAAUAAAAAAUAUAUUUAACAUGAUA